UUAGAAAACAUUGUAUAAGAACAGCAAAAGUAUGCCACUCAUUGUGAUGUGUGGUUAUCCAUCGAGUGGAAAGUCAGGUUGGGCUGAUAAGUUGGCCACGUAUUUGCGAGAAGAGAAAGGCAAAGAGGUUUUAAUCGUGAGAGAAGAGGAACAUUUUCGGGGAGAAAAGAAUUCUAUUCUGGACGAUUCUAGAAAGGAGAAAGAUCUAAGGGCAAAGGUGAAAUCAGAGGCUCUGAGAUUGUUAACCAAAGAAAAUGUUGUGAUAGUAGAUGCUCUAAACUAUAUUAAAGGGUACCGAUACGAAAUAUUCUGCAUAUCUAAAGGCAUUCCCACGAGACAAGUCACCGUUCAAUGUGACAUUUCAAAAGAACAAGCAUGGGAAUGGAACAUUUCUAGAAGUGAAGCUGUCCAGUAUAAAAAGGAAGUGUUUGAUCAUUUGAUUCAAAGAUUUGAAGCUCCUGAUUCUCAAAAUCGCUGGGACAGUCCGUACUUUUCUGUACUACCGAAUGAAGGGUUGGAUUUAUUGGGAAUUUACGAGUCGCUUUUUCACAAUAAAGCCCCAAAGCAGAAUAAGGCAACACAGAAUAAACCAGUUUCAGAAUCAAAUUUUCUGCAUUCCCUUGAAAAAGUAACGUCAGAUAUUGUGCAGGCGAUCCUCUCAGAGCAGAAACAAUCAAUAGAGGAUUUUAAAUCAAUUUCCGUUCCACAUGCUGAAGCCACGAUUAAUCUCGAACAAGCCGUAACUUUAACCCAAUUGACAAAAUUAAAAAGGCAAUUUGCAAGUCUUACAAAAACAUCUAGUGUACAAGGAAAUCCUGGCGAAUUGUUCGUGCAAUACCUCAAUUCACAAUUACGUGGUGAUAACUUUUAAAAAUAAUGAAUAAUAAAUACGAAAUUAUUUACAAAUCUGAUCAAAGUGAAAAAAAUAAACUCGUAAUAGUUGACCAAUUGAAACCUAA